AUGCAUAUUUUGUUUGUUCAACUAACUUUAUUGUGGUCGUUGUUAGCAGUGACUCGAGGCCAAAGAUGCCUCAUACCCACAGAGAAGUGUUUGAACCAGGGGUCUUGUGAGCGGACUCCUGAUGGACUUGGUGAAUGCAAAUGCCGUGAUGGAUUUGCAGGAAGCAGAUGCCAGUUCCAUGACCCCUGCACCACCGCUCCUUGCAUGAACGGCGGCACCUGUCGUGCAGUUUCGAAAGGCAACACCGUGGACUUUAGCUGCACCUGCAAACUGGGAUAUUCUGACCGCAGAUGCAUGACACCAAUCAACAAUAUUUGUAUUAAUUCACCCUGCCACAAUGGAGCCACGUGUGAACUAGAGACCCUUCAAACAUUCAAGUGCCGCUGCCCUCCUGGAUGGUCAGGCACAUUAUGCCAACACCCAGAUCCAUGUGCUUCAAACCCAUGUGGCAACGGUGGCCAAUGCUCCGCUGUGGAGUCUGGCUACAUCUGCUCGUGCACGCCUUUCUUUUCUGGAAACACCUGCAAACAGGAUGUUAAUGAGUGCGAUGCCAAACCACCCCCCUGCAAGAAUGAAGGUGUAUGCAUAAAUGAGGUCGGCGGGUAUCGCUGCCAGUGUCCGCUGGAGUACACAGGCAAACACUGUGAGACACGUUACUUCCCCUGCAGUCCUUCCCCAUGCCUCAGCGGAGGGACCUGUGUGCAGAAGGGAGACACCAGCUACGAGUGCUCCUGUGUUCCAGGUUUCACUGGUAAAAACUGCAACAUCAACAUUGAUGAUUGUCCAAACCACGAGUGCCAGAAUGGAGGCAUCUGUGUAGAUGGAGUGAAUACCUACAAUUGUCAGUGCAAACCAGAAUUUACAGGUCAGCUCUGUACAGAUGAUGUGGAUGAAUGUCAGCUGAUGCCCAAUGCCUGUCAAAAUGGCGGCACAUGCCACAACAUUUACGGAAGUUACCAGUGUGUGUGCGUUAAUGGCUGGACUGGCAAUGACUGCACAGAAAACAUCGACGAUUGUGCCAGUGCUGCCUGUUCCCAUGGCUCCACCUGCCAUGACCGUGUUGCCUCUUUUGUCUGUGAAUGCCCUCAUGGUCGCACUGGUCUUCUGUGCCAGUUGGAUGAUGCCUGCAUUAGCAACCCAUGCCAGAAGGGGUCUAACUGUGACACCAAUCCUGUUAGUGGGGAUCACUUCUGCACUUGCCCUUUAGGCUACUUUGGAGCUUCAUGUGAUCAAGAUGUGGAUGAGUGCUCACUGGGUCCCAAUCCCUGUGAACAUGCAGGGAAAUGUAUAAACACCAAAGGGUCAUUCCAAUGCAAAUGUCAGCGUGGUUAUGUUGGUACUCGCUGUGAGUUGGACAUUAAUGAGUGCAGGUCAAACCCUUGUAAGAAUGAAGCUACCUGUCUGGAUCAGAUAGGAGAUUUCCACUGCAUCUGUAUGCCAGGUUACGAAGGAGAGUUCUGUGAAAUUGAUACAGAUGAAUGUGCCAACAGCCCAUGUUUGAACAAUGGCAAAUGUAUCGACAAGAUCAACAAUUUUCUUUGCCAGUGCCCCACAGGCUUCACGGGAUCCUUGUGCCAGAUAGACAUUGACGAGUGUGCCAGCACUCCUUGUAAAAAUGGCGCCAAGUGCACAGAUGGGCCCAACAAGUACACGUGUGAAUGCACUGAAGGGUAUUCAGGAAAACAUUGUCAGACAAACAUCAAUGAGUGUUACUCAGACCCUUGUCACUAUGGGACCUGCAUUGAUGGUUUGGCCUCCUUCAGCUGCCAUUGUAAACCUGGGUAUACAGGACGCUUAUGUGAAACUAACAUCAAUGAGUGUUUAAGCCAACCAUGUCGAAAUGGAGGCACCUGCCAGGAUAGGGAAAAUUCUUACUUCUGCAAUUGUCCGAAAGGCACUACCGGAAUCAAUUGUGAAAUCAACAUUGAUGAUUGCAAAAGCAAUCCAUGUGACUAUGGAACCUGCCUUGACAAAAUCAAUGGCUAUGAGUGUGCUUGUGAGCCUGGUUAUAAUGGCACCAUGUGUAACAUUAACAUAGAUGAAUGUGCCAUCAACCCUUGCCACAAUGGGGGCACUUGCAUUGAUGGUAUCAAUGGCUUCACCUGCGUGUGUCCAGAAGGGUACCAUGACACUACAUGUUUCUCCCAAGUCAACGAGUGCCUCAGUAAUCCCUGUAUUCAUGGUCAUUGUGAGGAUAAAGUCAAUGGAUUUACUUGUCUGUGUGAUUCUGGUUGGACUGGAAAGAACUGCGACAUAAACAAUAAUGAGUGUGAAUCGAAUCCAUGUAUGAAUGGAGGCACAUGUAAAGACAUGAUCAGUGGAUACAUCUGCACCUGCCGCGUGGGCUUCACGGGGCCAAACUGCAAAACCAAUAUUAAUGAAUGUGCCUCGAAUCCUUGUUUAAACCUGGGGACCUGUAUCGACGAUGUUGCCGGAUAUAAGUGUGUCUGUUCUUUACCUUACACUGGAGAAAACUGUGAAAUGUUAAUGGCACCAUGCAGUUCAAAACCCUGUCAUCAUGGAGGUGUGUGUCAGGAAUCAGAAGACUACCAGAGCUUCUCCUGUGUUUGUCCUGAAGGAUGGCAAGGUCAAACAUGUGAUGUGGAUAUUAAAGAGUGUGUAAAGAAUCCUUGUCGUAAUGGAGCCACUUGUCAGAACACUAUAGGCAGUUAUCGAUGUAACUGCAAACCCGGCUUCACUGGACGCAACUGCGAAUCAGACAUUGAUGAUUGCAAACCCAAUCCUUGUAGUAAUGGUGGAGUCUGUAAGGACGAAGUGAACAGCUUUCUGUGCACCUGCUUGGCUGGUUUUCGUGGGACCAAAUGUGAAGAGGACAUUAAUGAGUGUGAGAGUAACCCAUGUAAAAACGGAGCUAACUGCACCGACUGUGUGAACAGUUACACCUGCACGUGCCCAUCUGGCUUCAGUGGAAUCCAUUGUGAAAUCAACACUCCAGAUUGCACUGAGAGCUCAUGCCUCAAUGGUGGAACGUGUGUAGAUGGAAUAAAUACAUUUACAUGUGUAUGCCCCCCUGGUUUCACUGGUAACUACUGCCAGCAUGAUAUCAACGAAUGCGACUCUAAGCCUUGCAUGAAUGGAGGUACAUGCCAUGACAGCUACGGCGCCUACAAAUGCACCUGUCCACAUGGCUACACUGGACUUAACUGUCAGGAUUUGGUUCACUGGUGUGAGACUUCACCGUGUAAAAAUGGAGGAUCUUGUUGGCACAGGGGCACCACCUUCAGUUGCCAGUGUGCAACAGGCUGGAGUGGGCAGUAUUGUGAUGUACCAAGUGUUUCAUGUGAAGUGGCAGCUAAACAAAGAGGGGUGGAUGUUUCACAGUUGUGCCGUAACUCUGGCCAGUGUCUAGAUGCAGGAAAUGUUCACUAUUGUCACUGCCAAUUGGGAUACACCGGAAGUUACUGUGAGGAGCAGGUGGAUGAAUGUAACCCAAACCCUUGUCAAAAUGGAGCCACCUGCACUGACUUUUUGGGUGGCUACUCAUGCAAGUGCAUGCCAGGCUUUGUGGGGACCAACUGUUCUGAUGAGAUCAAUGAAUGCUUCUCCCAGCCAUGCCAGAACGGGGGCACCUGCAUUGACCUGAUCAAUACCUACAAAUGCUCCUGUCCCCGGGGAACCCAAGGUGUUCAUUGUGAGAUUGACAUUGAUGACUGCAAUCCCUUUAUCGACUUAGUAACCAAAGAGCCCAAGUGCUUCAACAAAGGCAAAUGCGUGGAUCGAGUUGGAGGCUACCACUGCGUGUGCCCUUCCGGAUACGUCGGGGAACGCUGUGAAGGAGAUGUCAACGAAUGUCUGUCCAACCCAUGUGACCCGCGAGGCACUCACAGCUGCAUCCAACUGACCAACAAUUACCGCUGCGACUGUCGAACCGGAUAUACUGGUCGACAUUGUGACUUAAUAUUUGACGGUUGUAAAGGAAAACCUUGUCGCAAUGGGGGAACCUGUGCCGUUGCCAGUAAUACACAACAUGGAUUUAUCUGCAAAUGCGCUCCUGGUUUUUCAGGUGCUAAAUGUGAAUAUAGCUCUCAGAUCUGCGGCACACUUCACUGCCACAACGGGGGCACUUGUAUCUCUGGUCACAAAAGUCCAAAAUGCCUCUGCUCUCCUUUAUUUACUGGCCCCGAAUGCACAUUUCCAUACAGCCCGUGCAGUUCAAACCCAUGCUACAAUGGUGGUACAUGUGAGAACACUGCUGAGGCUCCGUACUAUCAUUGUGACUGCCCAACAAACUUUGUUGGUCAACGUUGUCAGAUUCUGGACCGCGAUUUGCAGGAAGAACAAUGUGAAAUACCUGAAUGUGAAGAUCUAAAACACAACAAGAUAUGUGAUGUGGUGUGUAACAACCAUGCGUGCGGCUGGGACAACGGAGACUGCUCCCUUAACUUUGACGACCCCUGGAAGAACUGCUCGGCCUCUCUGCAGUGCUGGCGCUACUUCAAUAAUGGGAAAUGUGAUUCCCAAUGUGACAACUCUGGAUGUCUGUAUGAUGGUUUUGACUGUCAGAACCUCGAGGGCCAGUGCAACCCUAUGUAUGACCAGUACUGCAGAGACCACUACGCUGAUGGCCACUGUGAUCAGGGCUGUAAUAAUGCAGAGUGUGGAUGGGAUGGUCUGGACUGUGCUCAUACACCAGAGAAGCUCGCUGUGGGUCAGCUGGUUCUAGUUGUCCACAUAGUUCCUGAGCAGCUUCUUAACAAUUCGUUUGGAUUUCUGCGUGAGCUGAGCCUGGUGCUUCGGACAAAUGUGCUCAUCAGUAGAGACUCCAAAGGGCAAAUAAUGGUCUACCCCUACUAUGAAUCUUUGUCACCUGGUCCUAGUACAGAGCUACACAUUGUCAAGAGGAGUUUGUUUGAUUUACCUGAUGAAGAACAUCGACUGACCAAACGGGAAUUAGAUCCAUUGCAAAUUAAAGGUUCCAUUGUCCAUUUAGAAGUGGACAAUCGUCAAUGCUUCCAGCAAUCCACAGAAUGCUUUCAGAGCACCAACGAGGCUGCUGCUUUCCUGGGAGCUUUAAAAUCUAGUGACAAACUGGACGUCCCCUAUACCAUCGAAGCUGUUUAUAGUGGUGUAGACUCAAAGUCAUCACAGGACUUUUAUGCGAUCUACUUGACUCUUGGUGGCAUUGGGUUAUUGGCCUUCAUCGGCGUGGGGAUGGUGGCUGCCCGAAAGCGGCGGCACGAGCACGGCCGCUUGUGGCUCCCGGAGGGAUUCAAAACUACAGAACCCAGUAAGAAGAAAAGACGUGAACCUCUGGGAGAAGAUUCUGUGGGAUUAAAGCCACUAAAAAACACAUCAGAUAUAUCACUCAUGGACGACGCGCAAAAUGACUGGGGAGAAGAUGAGUCAUCAGAUGUAAAGCGAUUCAAGCAUUUGGAUGAGCACGCAAUACUAGACACGGAUGACCAGACAGACCACCGGCGAUGGACCCAGCAGCACCUGGACGCUGCAGAUCUACGUAUUCCCUCAAUUGCUCCAACACCUCCUCAGGGCGAGAUCGAGAACGACUGCAUGGAUGUCAAUGUCCGCGGACCAGAUGGAUUCACACCAUUGAUGAUUGCGUCCUGUAGUGGUGGUGGUUUGGAAACAGGCAACAGUGAAGAAGAGGAAGAUGCUUCUGCCAAUGUCAUCAAUGACUUCAUUUAUCAGGGUGCCAACUUACACAACCAGACUGAUCGGACGGGUGAAACAGCUCUUCACUUAGCUGCUCGUUACGCUCGCUCUGACGCUGCUAAACGCCUUUUGGAGGCCAGUGCAGAUGCCAACAUUCAGGACAACAUGGGCCGGACGCCUCUCCAUGCUGCUGUGGCCGCGGAUGCACAGGGAGUCUUCCAGAUUUUGAUAAGGAAUCGUGCCACAGAUCUUGAUGCACGUAUGCAUGAUGGAACCACACCCCUCAUAUUAGCUGCUCGACUUGCUGUGGAGGGCAUGGUGGAGGAGCUAAUUAACUGUCACGCUGAUGUCAACGCCAUUGAUGACUUUGGCAAAUCUGCUCUACACUGGGCUGCUGCUGUGAACAAUAUUGAGGCUGCAAUCGUUCUACUUAAAAAUGGGGCCAACAAGGACAUGCAAAACAAUAAGGAAGAAACACCUCUUUUCUUGGCUGCGAGAGAAGGAAGCUAUGAAACAGCAAAAGUAUUACUCGACCACUUUGCCAACAGAGAAAUCACGGACCACAUGGACCGAUUACCCAGAGACAUUGCUCAAGAAAGAAUGCAUCAUGAUAUUGUGCGUCUGAUGGAUGAGUACAAUCUGGUCCGAAGCCCACAGAUGCAUGCAGGGUCAUUAAGUACCACCCUAUCACCGCCAUUGUGCUCCCCAAAUGGAUACUUGGGAAGUAUUAAACAGUCACAGCCCCAAGGCACAUGCCUGGGGAAAAAGUCACGGAAACCCAGCGUUAAAGGCGUUGGAUGCAAAGACGGUAAAGACAUGAAGGUGAAAAAGAAGAAUUCACAAGAUGGAAAGUCAGGCAGCCUCUUGGAUAGCUCUGCUGUUUUGUCUCCUGUUGAUUCACUCGGGUCGCCUCAUGGCUACGUGUCUGAUGUGGCCUCACCACCAAUGAUGACAUCUCCUUUCCAGCAGUCACCCUCUGUGUCCCUCAUGCAGGGCAUGUCUGACCCUCAUCUAGCUGUAAACCACAUGGUCCUGCCCAGCAAACAAGACCUUGCCAGAAUGCAGUUUGACCCUCUUCCUCCUAGGCUCACGCAUUUGGCCGUGUCUGGUUCUUCUGAGGAGGCCCUGCUGGUCAAGUGGGAUUACAUCAAACAGGGCAACAUGGGAUAA